AAACUCUGGGUCACGUGACGAGGCUGGGCGGGGCAUCAAAGUUCAUAUCCCAGAAUCCUUUGUACCUACUUCCUUUUUGUCUCUUUCCGGCGUCCAAGAUGUCGAAGCGAGGACGUGGUGGGUCCUCCGGUGCGAAAUUCCGGAUUUCCCUGGGUCUUCCGGUGGGCGCCGUGAUCAACUGUGCUGACAACACAGGAGCCAAAAAUCUGUAUAUCAUCUCUGUGAAGGGGAUCAAGGGACGAUUGAACAGACUUCCUGCUGCGGGUGUGGGUGACAUGGUGAUGGCCACAGUGAAGAAAGGCAAACCAGAGCUCAGAAAGAAAGUACAUCCAGCAGUGGUAAUUCGACAACGAAAGUCAUACCGGAGAAAAGAUGGUGUGUUUCUCUAUUUUGAAGAUAAUGCGGGGGUCAUAGUAAACAAUAAAGGUGAAAUGAAAGGGUCUGCUAUCACAGGACCAGUCGCAAAGGAGUGUGCAGACUUGUGGCCCAGGAUUGCAUCCAAUGCUGGCAGCAUUGCAUGAUUCUUUGGUGUAAUUGUUUAAAAAAAAAUUAAAAAUUAUUUGCUCCCAAAAUUUGUCUUUCUGUUCUUU